GGUACGGUCUUGGAUCGAAUUGAUUAUAACGUGGAACAGGCAGCGCUGAAAAUCAACUCGGCUUUAUCAAGUGUGCAGCGUGCUGAAAGGUCGAUGCAGAUGUUUUCGUUUCUGUUUUUAUUUCUGUUAUUGUUUUAUGCUGAUAUUUGUCCUGUUCCGCUUCCAUGGAAUAAACUGAAGAAGAUGGGUAACUGUUUGAUUAUGUCUAUUCGUUUUUAA